AUGGCAAAGAAAAUUAAAAUGAAUACCGCAAUGCGGAAAGAGGCUCGUAAAAGAGAGGACGACUACUUGAAAGGACUUGAAACAAAGAUUCAAGAAUACGAUCCAAAGACUGCUAACUCCAAAUUUUUCAAAGAUUUACCAAUUAGUUCUCAAACAUUGAAAGGUCUUAGUGAAGCAGCAUUUAUUAAAUUAACCGACAUUCAAAGGGAAUCCAUCCCUGUUUCAUUGAAAGGUUACGAUGUUUUAGGUGCCGCCAAGACCGGUUCUGGUAAGACUCUAGCCUUUUUAAUACCUAUUCUAGAAAAACUUUAUCGUGAGAGAUGGACCGAGUAUGACGGUUUAGGUGCUCUCGUGAUAUCUCCUACAAGAGAACUAGCAAUGCAAAUAUAUGAGGUGCUAACCAAAAUUGGUACACAUACAUCAUUAUCUGCAGGUUUAGUUAUUGGUGGGAAGGAUGUCAAGUUUGAAUUAGAAAGAAUAUCAAGAAUAAACAUUCUUAUUGGUACGCCAGGUAGAAUUUUACAACAUUUAGAUCAGGCAGUUGGGCUAAAUACAGCUAAUCUUCAAAUGUUAGUUUUAGAUGAAGCAGACAGAUGUUUAGACAUGGGGUUUAAAAAAACCUUAGAUGCCAUUAUUGGAAACUUACCACCAACUAGACAAACCUUGCUAUUUUCUGCAACCCAAUCGAAUUCCUUAUCCGAUUUGGCAAGAUUGUCUUUGACCAAUUAUAAGAGUGUAGGGACCAAAGAUAUCACUAACAAGGACGAUGAUGAACCCGCCACCCCAAAGACCUUGCAACAGUCUUACGUUAUCUCUGAAUUGGCUGAUAAACUGGACGUCCUAUUUAGUUUUAUCAAGUCACAUUUAAAAGCAAAAAUUAUUGUGUUCAUGUCAAGUUCCAAGCAAGUUCAUUUUGUCUACGAGACAUUUAGAAAGAUGCAACCUGGUAUAUCUUUGUUACAUUUACAUGGGAGACAAAAACAAAAAGCCAGAACAGAAACCCUUGACAAAUUUAGUAGAGCUCAACAAGUUUGUCUUUUUGCAACAGAUGUUGUUGCUAGAGGUAUUGACUUCCCAGCUGUGGAUUGGGUCCUACAACUUGAUUGUCCAGAAGAUGUUGACACAUAUAUACACAGAGUUGGCCGUUCAGCUCGUUACGGUAAAAAGGGAAGAUCUUUAAUAAUACUAACACCACAGGAAGAAGUAUUCCUACAAAGAUUGAAAGCUAAAAAAAUUGAACCAGAAAAAUUAACAAUUAAACAAUCUAAAAAGAAAUCAAUAAAACCACAAUUACAGUCAUUAUUGUUUAAGGAUCCAGAAUUAAAAUACCUUGCUCAAAAGGCAUUUAUCUCCUACGUUAAAUCUAUUUACAUUCAAAAGGAUAAAGAGGUUUUCAAAUUUGAUUCUCUACCAACAGAUGAUUUUGCUAUCUCCUUAGGUCUUCCGGGUGCUCCAAAUAUUAAAUUUAAGGGAACUAAAUCAUUUGAGAGAGCUAAAGAAUUGAAGAAUUCCUCAAGAAAGUUAAAGGCAUUGGAAAAGGCAGAUGACGAUGGUGAAAUUAGAGACAAAACUAAGGAGGUAAAGACAAAGUAUGAUAAGAUGUUUGGACGUAAAAAUCAAACCGUUCUGAGUGAACAUUAUAUGAACGUCACAGGUGUCCAAGGUGCUGAAAAUGAGGAAGAUGAAGAUAACUUUAUGACAAUCAAAAGGAAGGAUCACAUCCUUAAUGAGGAUGAGUUACCAGAACUAUCUCUUCCAACAUCCAUCAGAGGUCAGAAAAGAGCACUAUCCAAGAAGGCUUCUCUUUCCACAAAAGGUAAUGCAAGUAAAACAGUAUUCGAUGAUGACGGUGUUGCUCACCCUGUCUAUGAACUAGAAGGGGAGGAAGAUUUUGCCAAAAAGGGUGAUGCUAAGACACAAAAGGAUGAGUACCUGAAGAAGGAAACUGAAGUUAUGGCCACAGCCGAUUCAACAGAUAAACAAGUUGCAAAGGAAAAGAGACAAGAAAAGAAAAGAAAGAGAUUAGAGGCAAUGAGAAGAGAGGAGAUGGCUGAAUAUUCUGAUAAUGAAGGUGAUGUCGAAACUCAAGUGUAUUUAGGUACUGGUAAUCUGAGUGAUGAUAUGGAAGAUGCCGAGUCAGAUACCGAGGAUCGUCAAAAUAAAAGAGCUAGAUUCAAUAGCACUUCUGAUAGUGAGGAUGACUCUGACGCUAAUGAAUACGGUGUCACAGAAAUUGAUGCUCCAGAGACUCUAGAAGAUUUAGAAUCGCUAACAGCUAGAUUAAUCCAAUAG